UCCCCCACCCCCUUCCCCCUUUCCGCCUUGUUCUUCCAUAGGGAGAGAGGGCUCCGCCGAAGGCUUCUCUUCCUUGCCCUUCGCGGAAGUGUACCGCGAUUAGAUCGGACGGUUGACGCGAUCCCAUCAGGGCCGAGAGAGUGGAUCGAUCGAGGUAUGCAGUCAGAUCAGACGGUCAUUAGCUUGAGGCCGGGUGGCGGCGGCAACCGAGGCGGCAGACUCCUCGUUCCUCGCUUCGACUCCCCCGCCUUCGCCGCGUCCGCUGGAGGGUCAUCGUCCCUGAGCUCCUCCUCGCCCUUCGACCUCCCCUUCUUACGCCCCCAUGGCAUCGCUGCCACCGGCAAGACUGGAGAUUCACGCUUUGAGGCUCAUGAGCUAAUUCGUUAUUCAAGGGACCAACUUUUACAACUGCGAGAGGCAGUUCAUGCAUCUGAAGAUAUCUUGAAAAUCAAGCAAGAGAUUGAGGCAGAACUUCAUGGUGAAGAUCAAAGUUGGGUUCGUGCUGAUGCAAAUCUGCAAGGUCAAUCACAUAUUCGUUAUUCCGACCCAGACAAUCGUGAUUGGCGUGGCCGAUUGGGACAACUGUCCUCAGCUGGAGAGGAGCGGUCUUGGGAUAAGAUUCGUGAUAAUAAGGAGUCAUAUCCACCCAACACAAGACAACCAGAACAAUUUGAUGGGCAGGACCAAUUGAGCUCUCAAUUUUCUUCAAGAGUUCAAGUAUCUUCUGGCCAAGUGGCAGGACCUGCUCCUGUACUACUCAAGGCUGAAGUGCCAUGGUCUGCCAGACGAGGCAAUCUAUCUGACAAAGAACGGGUUCUGAAAGCGGUGAAGGGUAUACUAAACAAAUUGACACCAGAGAAAUUUGAUGUUCUCAAGGGCCAACUGAUUGAUGCAGGAAUCACCACACCUGAUAUUUUAAAGGAUGUUAUCAUGCUCAUAUUUGAAAAAGCGGUUUUGGAACCUACCUUUUGCCCCAUGUAUGCUCAACUGUGUUCUGAUCUCAGUGAGAAGCUUCCACCAUUUCCUCCUGAAGAACCUGGUGGAAAGGAGAUCACGUUCAAGCGAAUACUCUUAAACAAUUGUCAGGAGGCCUUUGAAGGUGCUGACAAUCUGAGGGCUGAGGUUAGAAAGUUGACUGGCCCAGGUCAAGAAAUGGAACGCAGGGAUAAAGAAAGACUAGUGAAGCUCCGCACCCUUGGGAACAUCCGCCUGAUUGGGGAGCUUUUAAAGCAAAAAAUGGUGCCAGAGAAAAUAGUUCAUCAUAUUGUUCAGGAGCUACUGGGACAUGAUGGUAAGUCAUGCCCCGCUGAGGAAAAUGUUGAGGCAAUCUGUCAGUUAUUCAAUACCAUUGGUAAGCAGCUGGAUAAAAGCCCAAAGUCCCGUCGUUUUAGUGAUACCUAUUUCAACCGGUUGAAGGAGCUGAUGACAAACCCCCAGCUUGCACCACGGUUGAGGUUCAUGGUUCGUGAUGUUCUUGAUUUGCGUGCCAACAACUGGGUGCCUCGACGUGAAGAGGUGAAAGCAAAGACCAUAACCGAAAUCCACACUGAGGCAGAAAAGAAUCUUGGGUUGCGUCCAGGAGCAACUGCAAACAUGAGAAAUGGCCGCAGUGGAAGUGCUCAUGGAGGCCUUCGCCCUGGAGCCUUCCCUAUCAACCGACCUGGUACUGGGGGUAUGAUGCCUGGAAUGCCUGGAACAAGAAAGAUGCCUGGAAUGCCUGGGUUAGAUACGGAUAAUUGGGAAGUUGCACGUUCCAAAUCCACGUCGAAAAGUGAUGCUUUUCGCGAUGAGAGUUCCUUGGUUGGCAAGCCAUCACCCAUCAAUGCUAAGCUACUUCCCCAGGGCAGCGGGGGCCUGUUAACCGGUAAGACUAGCGCAUUGUUGCAGGGUGGCAGCGGUGGGCUGCUAUCCCGUCCAUCUAAUCUUGUUCCUGGUGCGGUGAACACACCAGGACAAACUUUAGGGCCAUUGAAGCCUCUGAGUGUGGUGCCUCCUAGUGCUGCUCCAAUAACUGAGAAGAUGGUUGGUGCUCCAAAACUCAACCUUAACGUGCUGCACAAGAAAACAAUUGCUCUUCUGGAGGAGUACUUCCAUGUCUGCAUACUUGAUGAAGCAUUGCAAUGUGUUGAGGAGUUGAAGAGUCCUGAGUACUAUCCUGAGGUUGUUAAAGAAGCCAUCAAUCUUGCUCUAGACAAAGGCCCAAAUUGCAUCAAUUCGGUUGUCAGGCUCCUCGAGUUUUUGUUUGUCAAGGAGGUUAUUACACCAAAAGACUUGGGGACUGGGUGCUUGCUUUAUGGAUCAAUGCUGGAUGAUAUAGGUAUAGACUUACCAAAAGCACCUACUUGUUUUGGCGAAGUCAUCGGAAAGCUGAUUUUGGCUGGUGGAUUGGGUUUCAAAGUAGUGGAGGAGAUCUUGAAGAAAGUAGAAGAUAGCAGGUUCCAGUCAGCAAUGUUUGAUGCAGUGAUGAAAAGUAUAGAAGCAAGCCCAUCUGGUCAGGCAUUAUUAGGUUCACAGGCAGCAGAUAUCACUGCCUGCAAGGAGCUUCUCUCCUGAAUAGUAGCAGUGCUAGCUUUUGGGUCUAGUUGCUCCCAAUUGGCUUUCUGCAACUCUGGUUAAAGUUAAACAAAGACUCCUCCCCCUCAUUUCUUUUUUUCCCCUAUUUUUCCCCAUGAGGUGAGCAGCUAGUGUCACAAUGUUUGUUGGUGGAGAAUUGGAGAACAAAUAAUCUAAUGAGCUGUAUAUUUUUGCAAGGUGACGUGAGUGUUUAUUAUUGUUUCAAGUUGACGGGAAAAGGUCCAUGGAUUUUGUUCUUGGCCACAGCUUAAUUUGCUUCAAGCCCAAGAAGAACAAGGCUUAAUAUGAUUAAUGCUUUACGUUUUUUAAUGUAAUUUUUUUGUCAUAUUGUUUUAA